GAAAAGACUGAAAGACAAACCUGGGUGCAGCCUGAAAGGUCCAGAUAGAUGAGCUUGUGGCAACCAUUCCCUAAAUUCAGGGAUUCCACAUACCCCAGCUGAGCCUCAUUGUUCCUGAACUGCAUUGGUUAAAAUUACCCAAACUUGGAUUUCAUAGGAAUACUUUUAUUGUUGCAUCUGUCACACCAAGUAAUUGGGGCCAGCUGGAUGACAGGAUGCGCGUGGUUACCAUUGUGAUUCUUCUCUGCUUUUGCAAAGCUGCUGAGCUGCGCAAAGCAAGCCCUGGGGGUGUGAGAAGCCGAGAGAAUCAUGGCCGGGUGGGUGGAGGCCGAAGAGGCUCUAACCCAGUCAAACGCUAUGCUCCAGGCCUCCCCUGUGACAUGUACAUGUAUCUCCAUGAGAAAUACUUAGAUUGUCAAGAAAGAAAAUUACUUUAUGUGCUGCCAGGCUGGCCUGAGGAUUUGCUGCACAUGCUAUUAGCAAGAAACAAGAUCCGCAUAUUGAAGAACAACAUGUUUUCCAAGUUUAAAAAGCUGAAAAGCCUGGAUCUACAACAGAAUGAGAUUUCCAAAAUUGAGAGUGAGGCAUUUUUUGGUUUAAACAGACUUACCACACUCUUACUGCAGCAUAACCAGAUCAAAGUCUUGACAGAGGAGGUGUUCAUUUACACGCCUCUCCUGAGCUACCUGCGUCUUUAUGACAACCCCUGGAGCUGUACUUGUGAGAUAGAAACCCUGGUUUCCAUGUUGCAGAUUCCAAGAAACCGGAAUUUGGGGAGCUAUGCCAAGUGUGAAAGCCCAGAAGAACUAAAAAAUAAAAAAUUGCGGCAGAUAAAAUCUGAACAGUUAUGUAAUGAGGAAGAAAAGGAAGAAUUGGACCCGAGACCCCAAGUGUCAGGCAGAGCCCCAGUCAUCAAGCCUGAGGUAGAUUCAACUCUUUGCUACAAUUACGUGUUUCCCAUACAAACACUGGACUGCAAAAGGAAAGAGCUGAAGAAAGUUCCAAACAACAUCCCUCCAGAUAUUGUUAAACUUGACUUGUCAUACAAUAAAAUCAAGCAACUUCGACCCAAGGAAUUUGAAGAUGUUCAUGAGCUAAAGAAAUUAAUCCUCAGCAGCAAUGGCAUUGAAUUCAUAGAUCCUGCUGCUUUUUUAGGGCUCACACAUUUAGAAGAGUUAGAUUUAUCAAACAACAGUCUGCAAAACUUUGACUAUGGAGUAUUAGAAGACUUGUAUUUUUUGAAACUCUUAUGGCUCAGAGAUAACCCUUGGAGAUGUGACUACAACAUCCACUACCUCUACUACUGGUUAAAGCACCACUACAAUGUCCAUUAUAAUGGUCUGGAGUGCAAAAUGCCUGAAGAAUACAAAGGGUGGUCUGUGGGAAAAUAUGUUCGGAGUUACUACGAAGAAUGCCCCAAAGACAAGUUACCAGCGUACCCUGAGACUUUUGACCAAGAUGCAGAAGAUGAUGAAUGGGAAAAAAUACAUAGAGAUCACACGACAAAGAAGCAAAGUGUGAGGAUCACUAUAGUGGGAUAACUUAGAAAUUGUUCUGGUUGUAACUAGUUUUGUAUUUGCUGUACUGGCGUCAAAAACUAUGUUUACAUUUUGAUUAACUGUGUUGCCUAUUUAUGCAGGGUUAUCCAGCUAAAGGAAGCUUUCUUUAAGUAUUAUAAUAAUAAUUAUUAUUAUUGUGACAAUAUUAUAGUAAUCAAGGGAAUACUCUCAUCCUGCUUGCCUGUAUAUUCGCAGAGCAGCCUUUGGUGAUACAAGAUUCCACACCAGUGACCCACAGGAGGUGAGUCCUAAUGAUGGCAUUAGAAUUUCAUAAUGUCCUGUAUAAAUGUUUUUACUGCUUUUUGAAAAUAAAAAAAUAAAAACUUGAUUCAUUUUUA